AUGGCAAUAAGCUCUCUCGAGGUCCUUCCAGCGGCGACGAAGGCAGUUGAGGCCAGCCUCACUCAAGCAAUCACUCAACAGUUUGCAGAACUCCGUGCGAUGAUUGAAGACCUCGCCCAAUCCACCACCGCCAAAUACCAAGCCCUUGAACAGCGGAUUGAAGCGCUUGAACAGCUUCCGGUGCUGGCUACCACGAUUAUAGAUAUGCCAAUCACUCCACCAGCACCGCCUCCACUAGGGGACAAGGAGAUGAUGAAGGUUGUCGUCCCAGAUGGCUCUAGCAUUCCGAAAGCCACAGCGACGAUUCCGCAGCUUGGCAGGCAACCACUCGAAGUUGGAUUUCCGUUGGUCAGCCACCGUGGAAAUCACAUCAACUCAGAUCCCGACAGGCAGCUCGACGACAACUUCGGUGAUGAACAAGGCACCGACUUCUAG